CUGCUUCUUACAAGGUGCCAUAUCCGUAAUUACUGACCACUUAUAUGCACUAAUACUUAUAAUAGUAUUAUGAUGGCACCAUGCCAUUCUCUCAUUUUUCCCUUUUAACCAGGUCCAGGUCAAGGUACCACCAGUUCGGGCGGGUCCAAGACACACACCUCGAGGCCAAAGUUCCCACUCCACGACUAAGUAGCAAGUGUGAAGUGGACCGCUUCCACCCGAUCCCAAGGGUCCAAUCAAUCGUGGGUGGGCUGUCACGCUGCCAUUUGCCUCUUUCCCUUUCCCUCCCUCUCUCUCUCUCCGUGUGUGUGUGGCUCUUAAUAAAUCCGUGGUUGUUAAGGGGGCCAAUUAUGGUAUUAGGGAAAAGAUCUGCGAGUGUCAGAUUGCUGUCUCUCUCCUGGAGUAGAUAGUUAAUUAGCUAGCUAUGAGAGUCUGCUGGUGAUGACGAUGGUGAU